UUGGCAUCAGCCCACCUCACAAGCGUGUCAAGGUCCCUCUGGAUGGCAUUCCUUCCCCCCAGCGUAUCAACCAAAUAUAGCUGAAUUUGUGAUGGAAAUAGAUAAAGAGUCAACAUUACUGGUUCAAAUAACAAAAAAUUCACUCAUUUUGGAUACAAGCAUAGAUUUUGUGGUGCAGCUCUUUGUAAUAUUAUAUACAGGGUAGUUCAUGAAAUGUUGGCAUAUUUUGAGGCGUCCACAGUGUCUCUGGCUUCACGGAAGUUCUUAUAGGUAUAUGGAACAAAACAUGUUGAAAUAAGCUAUAGGAGAUGAAGAUAUUCUUUUGACAGUAUUGUCAGUCUGCAAAUGUGAGGGUAGAAUUCACCUACGUUUUAAGGUAUCUGUAUUUAGGUGUCUGUUUGCUGUCUGCUCUCCCAUUACAGUCAGCUCAACUGAGGCAGCCUUUGGAGGGUUUCAGACCACUCUCAAGUUGGUUGGAUUUGUUCAUUAUGGAUGUUGAUAGCAGUUUUGCUCUGCUUUCACUCAUUCUUUGCAUUCAGUACAAAAUCUGAGGAAUUUGGAGAACAUCCAAAUAUCAUCAAGCUGCUGGAUGUUAUCCGAGCUCAGAAUGACAAGGACAUCUAUCUCAUCUUUGAGUCCAUGGAGACAGAUUUACAUGCUGUGAUUAAGAAGGGGAAUUUGCUGAAAGAUAUCCACAAGUGUUACAUUCUCUACCAACUCCUGAAGGCAACUAAAUUCAUCCACUCAGGAAAUGUUAUUCACAGAGAUCAGAAGCCUUCAAAUAUCUUGCUGGAUGCAGACUGCUUUGUCAAACUUUGUGACUUUGGGCUGGCCCGCUCUGUAUGUCAGACAAAUGAGGACCAAGUCAACCCUGCUCUAACGGAGUACGUGGCAACACGCUGGUACCGAGCCCCUGAGAUCUUACUUUCCUGUCGGAGUUACACUAAAGGUGUAGACAUGUGGAGCAUUGGCUGUAUUCUGGGAGAGCUGCUACUUGGGAAACCUCUUUUUCCUGGAACUUCAACAGUGAAUCAAAUAGAGCAGAUCUUGAGGGUCAUUCCUGCCCCAUCCCCUGAAGACAUUUUGGCUGUGCAGCCAGAUUACAGAGCUUCAGUUAUUAACCGCAUCAGUUCCCGGCAGCAAGUAACAUUUGAGGAGAUUUUACCGUCCUCUACUCCAUUGCUUGCCUUGGAUCUUCUGAAGAAACUUUUAGUAUUUAACCCUGACAAACGACUCACAGCAGAGGAGGCUUUGCAGCAUCCUUAUGUGAAAAGGUUUCACUGUCCUGCCACGGAACCCUCUCUGGGUCAUGAUGUGGUUCUUCCUUUAAGUGAUGAUAUCCAGCUGUCUGUGGCAGAGUACCGGAAUAAAUUGUACAAGAUGAUCCUUGAAAAGAAAUCAGAUAUCCAUCCAAAGGAGCAAAUGCAGAGAGAAAACAUACAAAGAAGUCAAUCUGAAUCUAGGCCGCUUCCAAACUCCACUUCUGUGAUUUUACCUACCAAGAAAGGACAGAUAGAACCAAUACCACCUCUUCUAAAAGCUCCACGUGUGCAUGCUGAAACUACAUGUAGUAUCCAGACAGAAGUAUCCAGCCAGAAUGAAGAUUUAGCAAGACCUUUAUGUCAGAGAUCAAAGAUCCAUGUGAUAUACAAUCCUAUAACACACACUGCUGUUCAAAGCAAUGCAAAUUCUGGUGCUCUUAUCAGGAGCUCUUCAGCAUCACUUUCUCAACAGGCCAGAAUGUCCGACAAUAGCAGAUUGGGGAGGCAAAUCACAUGGGCAAAAGCAAAUGCUGGGCUACCUUCUACAAGUGUACAGAACCUUUACAAUAAUCCAAGAAAUACUCAGUUUCACAGCAAAGUUGUUUGUCUCCCUCAGAAGCCCAGUAAAAAGAUGUUCCAGAUUACUGCAAAUAUGGGAGCUGCUGGUGACCCGAAAGCAUUGAUGGGCAGUUACUCUCAGGCCUAUGGAACCAUAUGUAAAUCUGCACUGGAGAGUCUUCCAAUAUCAAAGUGCUCCCAGCAACUUGAGCAGUGAAUAUGAAAGUGUUCUAAUCAGGUGAAGUGAACUCAUCUCAUCAGUCCCCUAACCGAGCCCUUCCGUUUGUUUUCCACUAUUUUUUAUGACUUCUGGGAUAAAUGAACAUAAUCAGUUGUGGCUUAUUUUCACUAAAAUAAUGUAGGAAAGCAUUUUAAAUGCAUAUGGGUUCUGCUACAACAUUUAAUAGCUUACCUACCAUGUAAUACUGUGAUACUGCAAAUAUUGUAAUAAUAAAUACUUUACAUUGCAUUACAGAAAAUCUUUGUCUUUCAAUCAAUGUUUGCUGUGUGUGAAA